UUACACAGGUUAUUUGGAGACAGAACAAAAAAUGUGGCCUCUAUUACAACUGGCUUAUUUGAUAUGUUUCAACAACUUUCUAGAAAAGUGUGUCUGCACACCAGAACAUGACCGGGUUUUGUCCAUCACUGUAUCCACACAGGAGCAUGUGGACACACUGCGGAAUAUAACCAGUAACAACGAGACAGAGUUGUGGCAACCUGCAUCACCAACUCACAUUACAGCAAACUCAGAGGUUCACCUUUACAUUCAGUCAACAAGUGUGGAGCAUGUCACUCAAAUCCUACGCAAACUUCGAAUCACUUACACAGUUCUUUUGGAAAACACAAAUGCACUGGUUGAGAUGCAGACCAAAAAUGAUUCAUCAGAUCCCCGGAGUGCUGGCGUGAACUAUGAAAGAUAUCAUUCCUUAGAGGACAUUUAUCACUGGAUAAAUAAGGUCAGCCAAGAGAAUCCAGACAUGGUGACAGUAAAUCUUAUAGGGUCAUCGUUUGAGAAACGGCCACUCUACCUACUGAAGCUGUCAGGCCAGAGGGGUGAGGUGAAGAGAGCUAUGUGGAUGGACUGUGGUAUUCAUGCACGGGAAUGGAUCUCUCCAGCUUUUUGCAUGUGGUUUGUGAAAUAUGCACUAACAUUUUACAACCAAAAUAAUGACAUUACAGAGAUGUUGAAUAACAUGGAUAUUUACAUCUUGCCUGUCAUGAACCCAGAUGGAUACAAGUACACAUGGACAACAAAUCGUAUGUGGAGGAAAAACCGGUCCGUGAGCAACAACAGCGAGUGUGUUGGGACUGAUUUGAACAGAAAUUUUGAUGCAAACUGGUGCACGGAGGGUGCCUCCAGUGACCCAUGUGAUCCCAUAUUUUGUGGUCAGUUCCCAGAGUCUGAGCCGGAGGCCCAGGCAGUAGCAAAGUUCCUGCGCUCCCAUAAAGACACAGUUAAGCUGUACAUUUCCAUCCACUCCUACUCUCAGAUGCUCCUGUUUCCCUCCUCCAGUUCCUAUGACAGUGUUCCAAACCACAAUGAACUGCUUGAACUUGCUAAGGAGGCCUCAGCAAAAAUACGCAGAUACUACAAGAGUCAUUACAGAUAUGGUGCUGGUGCAAGAACCAUAUAUUUAGCCCCAGGAGGCUCUGAUGACUGGGCUCAUAGUCUUGGGAUCAAAUAUUCCUUCACGUUUGAGCUCCAGGACCGUGGCCGAUACGGGUUUCUUCUCCCCCCCAGCUUCAUCCCUCAGGCCUGUAAUGAGGCUUUACUGGCAGCUAAGAUAAUAGCCUUACAUGUAAUCAAGGAAACUCAAUGAGACCCUUCUGCCACAAUAAACCUGAGUGAUAAUAUAUCAUAGAUUUAGAUACAUACAUUUUAUGAUUUGGUGUGCUGUAAAAAGACUAACAAGAAGCUAUGAUACUAUAAGUAAAUAAGCAAAUUUCAUAUAUAACAAAUAAUGAUAAACAAGUAAAAAUGCAUUUUUGGCUGUGUAUGUACUUAGCUAUAGUUUGGGGACAAAAUUACACCCAAAACGGAGCUAAAUUUGACAAAACCUUCCUUUAGGGACAUUCAUGAGCAUGUACCCCUUUUUUUCCUAAAUUCUAGGGGAAUUCUUUAAAUUCUUUAAAUCUUCAUUUAAAACUAGCAAGUCUAUUAAGAUGCCUUUAUCCUGCCAAGGGGGAAAAAAUAUAAAAACAUUCUGACUUCAUAACUCACUUAUUGUAAUUGCGACUGUAUUUCUCGUAAUUGCACAUUUUUAUAUUGUCAUUACAAGUUUAUUCCUCACAAUUGCGAGAAAUAAAGCAACUAAGAUAUAUAGUCGCAAUUGCAAGAUAUAAAGUAAAAAUUACAAAAUAUAAAGAAGUAAUUUUUAAGAUAUAUGUGUAGUUUAUAUUUAGAAUUGUUAGAGUUACGAGAAAUAGUGUCAGAGUUGUGAGAUAAAAAUUCUGAUUUACAUAUUUUCUUUAUUCUGUGGCCUGAUCUGGCUUCCAUAGUCUAUGUUAUAUCCCCCAUUUAGGUAGCAACAUUUUCAUAGUCAAAAUAUCAUAGUUGGAUCAUUCAUGGGAUUCAGUAAUAUUUCAGUCCCCAGACAUUUUAAAGAGGUGGUUCACUAAAAUUCACUAAAAUGAAAUGGCUUUUUACAAGAUACUGAUUUGUCAAUUAUAAUAAAUUAAUAUAAUCUUUAUCAUAAAAGAAUGUGUUCUUUCUAUCUUAUUGCAUUUUUGUCAUGUUCCUGAGGCACUUAACUGAAUUUUUACCUAGAAAAUAAUUAAUAAAAUGUGCACACUGUCAAUAA